AUGGGGCGAAAGAGCAAAGUUCGGGUCCAAGAAGAGGAGACCGAAGAUGAGUUGUACCAAGUUGAGGUCAUCGAGAAAGCUCGAGUGGACGAACACAGUCAAUGGUGGGCCGGAUAUCCUGCGGAUCAGAAUACAUGGGAACCAGACGAAAAUCUUGCUAGCUGCCGAAGAUUAUUAGAAAGCUUUUGGGCGCAGUUCCCUGAUCCCGACGUGGACUAUGAUAUCGGUCAGGAACUCAUACCUCCGCAAGAAUGGAUUGACAAGGAAAAGGCGCGCAGUUUUGCGGAACAACAAACGCUGAAUGCAGAACGAGACAAGAAGAAAGCAGCUAGGGCCAAUGGGAAGCUGGAGAAGAAGAAAGCCAAGGCGCAGGCGGCAAAGUCGCGAUCCGGUUCCGUAUCGUCGGAUGUUCAUCUCCCAGGACCAUUAACGAACUCUAAGCGGUCAAACAAGAAGGCUGAACAGAAUGUCAGCUCGACACGGCGUGAUACUAGUAUGGAUACCGAUGAUGAUCAACCACUUGCUAACUCAAUAAAGAAGGCCAAGAAGCAGCGAAAGGUUAUGAUCCUGGAUGAUGACGAAGACAUGGAUUCUACAUCUGACGGUAAACCCCUGUUAUCUUUGAGGAACCCGUUGAAGGAAGGGAAAAUAAGAGCGCCCGACAGCCACAGCGAAGUUAUCAAGCGGCCAGGAUCACCGAGCAAUAACUCUGUCAUCUCCCUAUCAUCGUCAAGUUCAGAUGAACCCCUCUCGCGUACGCUCCCAAAGAAGACCAAAGGGCUUAGUGAUCAGGUACCUGUAUCGCAAGUCAAGGCCCAUCACAAACUACCUAAAAUCAGGAACUUGCCUCUGGCUCUACCAAAAAUCGUCUUGCCUCCACUACGACAACUACCCCCACAACCACCUCUGCUGCGGCCGCGUUUCCCAAGAAGAACGGUCUUGCCAACCUGA